AUGGCCCGUAGAGGUCGAAAAUGUAAGCGCGGUGCAAAUGGAUUGAGAGAUGAACCAAUUGAGCAACCUCCCUCAUAUCAUGAAACAAGGCAGCAGCCUCCACUUGGAACAAGCCAUGAAAAUGUAAUUGAACAAGUUCAAGGAGAAGCUGCUCGGGCACCUCAAUCUCCAAUUCAGAAUUCUACAUUGGGAAUAAUGCAGGAAUCAGGUGACCAAGUUAAUCAACAAGUUGAUGGAGGUUCACAGUCGCAUGAGCAGUGCCAGAACUCUCCAAUUCAACAAUCUCCACUUGGAACAAGGCACGUACCAACUGAAGAAAAUCCAAAUCAGGAUUCUCAAGGUCCACAUUCCAAUGACACCACCUUCAUGUCAUGCAACUCGGACGAUGCAGGAAAAGAAACUACAAAUGAUUCAAGUGAAGUACAUCAGAAAACCCGAGACCCUACAUUUAUGAAAGAAAUUUGGGGUCGGCCUAAGGACCUUCCACUGAUUGAGAUUAAACUCGAUGACAAUGGGAUCCCAAUAAGUGAGAAAACCUCUUUCUCUGAAUUCUUGGACAGUUUGGCUAGGAAUGGUAUGUAUUGUCCAAUAGAUGUUGAAAGUUGGCUUAAGAUGCCAAGGAAACUUAAAAUGGAUAUGUUAGAAGUGAUAAAGGAAAGGUUUGCUUUGCCUAUGGGAUUAGAAGCUUGGACCUUAAGAUCUAUUGGCAAAAAAUGGAGAAGCUGGAAGGCAGAUUUAAAGGCUACAUAUUUUGAUCCUGCCAUGCUAAAUGCUGAAGUUCGGUUUCAAAAGGACACAAGGGUACGGGAAGAGCAAUGGAUCAAACUUUGGGCUUAUUGGAAAAGUGAAGAAGCAAAGGCCAAACAGUUGGGAAGACCUCCUACUAGAGUAGAAAUGUUCAAUAAGUUUUAUAUCCAUGCCGAUGGAACUCCAUCAAGUACCAUAGUUGCUGAGAAUUUGGAAAAAAUGAAUGAGAUGAAAAAUCAGCUUCCAUCGGAGUCGCAAGAUCCAGUUGGUCGUAAUGACAUAUUUGCCCAGGUGGUUGGGCAAGACAAACAUGGUUAUGUUCGCUUGUUUAGUGACAGUGUGAAUCCAACGGACUUAUGGGAAGACAUUCCUAGUCGUAACACAUGUUACCGUAUAAGUGUUCAACAACAGUCAACAUUGGUCCGUUUGGAGGAAAGGCUUCAGCGACAAGAUGAUGAAAUAGCCAGCUUGAAGAAAAUGGUUUUAGUUCAACAUGGAAGGGGCUCUCCAAUUGACAACCCGAGACAUCCUUCAUCAUCAUCUAACAAUGUGUCAAGCCAAACUCCAUCGCGAGCCACGCGACCUAUUCGAGUAGGGAAUAUGGUUUCACUAAAAAGUUUGUUUGACCCAACAAAAAUCGUGACAAAGGGAUAUUUACGGAGUCUGAAUCCAUUGGAUGAGGUCGGCGGACAAGUUCUUGGGCCAAAUUGGUGUGAAAUACAGAUACAAGUUGCAAUGAGUCCACGUGAGCAAUUGAUUAGACCAUAUGAUUUGCAACAAACAAUUCAAGAUGCACUUGGUGCACCAGUUGCUUGGCCUUGUCAUUUGGUGGAAACAGCUGAAGAAUGA